UUUUUGAACCUGUCCGUUCGUCAGCACGGCGCUGGGCGGGGAUAGUGAUCCGAGCAGGUUAGGUUGUGUUUGUGUUCUGUGUGCCAUGGACUCAGCCCAGUGAUAUUGACAAUAGAGAGGAAAUUGACAAGAGGGGGGCAAAAUCCUGACCGCAGCCGCCGCGCUCCUCUCCCUCUGCCCCCCGGGGACAGACGCAGCCAGGGUCCAGGCCCGGGGAAUGUGACUCCCUCUCUGUCAGGGAUUUCCGAGGUGAUUGUCAACGGAGGAGGAUUAUCCCGGGCUCGCAGGAACAAGCUGCUGCUACCGGGGGAAGCACUGAGGCCUUGGCUGAGAGCACAGCCACCCGCAGGAAAGGAAGGACGGGAGGGAGGGAGAGCCCUCUGUGCGGCGCCUCCGGUUACCAGGAAACCCCUGUAAAAUCUCUGAUCCCUAUUAGGAGCUCCAAGUAGGGAUAUGUCCUCAGCACCAACCACUCCUCCAUCAGUGGAUAAAGUUGACGGAUUUUCUCGGAAGUCCGUCAGAAAAGCCAGGCAGAAGAGGUCACAGAGCUCUUCACAGUUCAGGUCUCAGGGCAAGCCUAUAGAGUUAACACCUCUGCCUCUGCUUAAAGACGUUACAACCACAGAGCAGCCGGAACUGUUCCUCAAGAAGCUUCAGCAGUGCUGUGUCAUCUUUGAUUUUAUGGAUACACUGUCUGAUCUUAAGAUGAAGGAAUACAAGAGAUCUACUCUGAACGAACUGGUUGACUACAUCACAAUAAGCAGAGGCUGCCUCACAGAACAGACUUACCCUGAAGUAGUAAGAAUGGUAUCUUGCAAUAUAUUUAGGACCCUCCCUCCGAGCGACAGCAACGAGUUUGAUCCUGAAGAAGAUGAACCCACCCUGGAGGCCUCGUGGCCACACUUACAGCUUGUAUAUGAAUUUUUCAUACGAUUUUUGGAAAGCCAAGAAUUUCAGCCCAGUAUUGCCAAAAAGUACAUAGAUCAAAAAUUUGUAUUACAGCUCUUAGAGCUAUUCGACAGUGAAGACCCUCGUGAAAGGGACUACUUAAAAACAGUCUUACACAGAAUUUAUGGCAAAUUUCUCGGGCUUAGAGCGUUUAUUCGAAAACAGAUUAACAAUAUUUUUCUACGAUUUGUUUAUGAAACAGAACACUUUAACGGUGUAGCAGAACUGCUGGAAAUUUUAGGAAGUAUUAUCAAUGGCUUUGCAUUACCUCUGAAAGCAGAACAUAAACAGUUCCUUGUAAAGGUGCUGAUUCCUCUGCACACAGUCAGGAGUCUAUCCCUCUUCCACGCACAGCUGGCAUAUUGUAUAGUACAAUUCCUGGAAAAAGACCCUUCCCUCACAGAACCUGUUAUUAGAGGAUUGAUGAAGUUCUGGCCAAAAACAUGUAGUCAAAAAGAGGUCAUGUUUCUUGGGGAGUUGGAGGAGAUCUUGGAUGUCAUUGAACCAUCACAGUUUGUCAAAAUCCAAGAGCCUUUGUUUAAACAGAUUUCCAAGUGUGUUUCCAGCCCUCAUUUCCAAGUGGCAGAGCGAGCUUUAUACUAUUGGAACAAUGAAUAUAUUAUGAGUUUAAUAGAGGAGAAUUCAAAUGUGAUCCUUCCCAUAAUGUUUGCAAGCCUCUACAGGAUUUCUAAAGAACACUGGAAUCCGGCGAUCGUCGCUCUCGUCUACAACGUCUUAAAAGCCUUUAUGGAGAUGAACAGCACCUUGUUUGAUGAACUGACAGCCACUUACAAGUCAGAUCGCCAGCGUGAGAAGAAGAAGGAAAAGGAACGCGAAGAACUAUGGAAAAAAUUAGAGGACCUUGAAUUGAAGAGAGGUCUUAGGAGCGACGGCAUUAUCCCGACUUAACAAAGGAAACUAUUUCAUCUUUAUCCUGUGGAGUCACAUGUAUGUAGUAGAAGAUGGAGCAGCAGUUUUCUGUAUUGUGCAACUUUACAGUAGAUAACAUUCGUUUCAUUAUUACAACAGCACUGUAUAUAACUGUCUAAGUAAAGAGAAAAAAAAACGACAAAAAAAAAAUUCUAUGGACUUUAAUCCAAAGUUUGGACACUAGAUGAACUUCUCAGAACUUUGCAAACAUAGUCAUUGUUUCUUUACAUCUUCUCGGAUCUUGAUGAAAAUUUGUGUCAAAAAGCUCCCCCCAAUCCCAUUUUGUCAGGCACUUGAUAUUUAUCAUUGGGCAAAGUAUCGCAGUGUUUUGAAUCCAGGCACCCUUAUUAAAUUUAGCUUCUCUUUCUGCUAAAACUGUAUAAAUCUAUUUAUAUAGUUAAAAACAAAAAAGGCAAAAAAAAAAAAAAGAAAAACAUAAAUCCUGAGUUUGCAGAACGUCCUCCUUCUCGGAAUACCAUCUUUCCUCUGUGUAACGUUAGUAUAAAUUUUUCUUUUCUUUGCACAUAAUUUUUUGGCUUUGUUUCCCCCAAAGCCGAAUGUCUUAGCAGAACUGUUCCCCGUAAUGGUUUUGCGUCUUGUGUAUAUAAUUCUGUGUUUCUUUUAAAGAAAAAGCUCUGCUGCUUUUUGUGACUGUUGGGUAUGCAUUAGAGCAGUGGGUACCUGCAGCCCUCUUCCUUCCAACAGUACACAAUGGUAUACAAGGGCCAAAAGUUGCUUAACCUUACUCUAAUGCAUUCUCAUGAAUCAAAAUAAGCACCAGAGCUUUAUACAGAUAAUAUAUCUAUAUUCACAGAAGCUCUUGUGCUUAUUUGGGGUAUGCAUUAGAGCAGUGAUAUGAAGCUUGCUGCACUUCGUACAACUAUUGUAAAGUGCUUGGAAUUGUAGUUACAUAACAGGUGAAGUUUACACAGAUUACACAUCACUGCUUUAGUGAAUGCCUGAUAAUCAGAAUAAGCUCCAGAGAUUUUUACAUACAAAAAUAAAUACAUAUGUAAAGGCUUUAUUGCUUAUUUGUGGUAGGCAUGAGAGCAGUGGUAUGAAACUUGCAGCACUUCAGCUCGUGAAGUACUUGGAGCUGUAGUUGUGUGCCACUGAUUUCAUGGGUACCCAAAACCUAAAAUAAGCUCCAGAGCUUUUUACAAGCAAACAAAUAUGUAAAGGCUCCGGUGCCUAUUUUGAUAAUUUGUUAUGCAUUACAACAGGGGUUUGCAACCUGUGACCUUUCAGUUGUUGGUAAACUGCAAUGUUUGGAUGUCAGGGGAAAGAUGUUGUAGUUUUUAGGUUUCACACAUACUGCAUUAGGGUAUUUGUGUCCAAGUCGUGGCCUUCCAGCUGUUGCUGAAUGCUGGGAGUUGUAGUUUCUUAACAAUUGGAAGGUUGUGACUUGCAUACUAAUGCAGUAGAGAAUACAGAGGAAGGACAGGUGUUCUUUUAGCAACGUAUGUUGAAAUUGAGCUUGCAUUCUCUGUAUAUCAAACACUGUCGACAGUGUAAAACCCCAAGCAGUAUUCGUUUGUAUCUGUCACACCACUACAACACACAACACAGGGCUGUUUUAGAAUCCUAUUAUAAAUAUAUAUAUUUUAGCCAUUAUUAUCCUACAAAUUUUAUUGGACCAUUUUGAAAUAAAGAUGAAAAACACUAAAACAGUGAAAACGGGACAA